UAAUUAAUUAAGUAAUUAAUGGUGUAGAACUCAAACAACACUUGGAAUUUGGCUUGCAAAAUCACCUAUUAUUGAUCGAUGCACUCUCAUCAUGGACUUGGAGGGUAACGACGGAAGAGAACGUGGAGAUGAUCAUAACUUUGAAAUGAAGAUCGCACUAUUUUCUCUAGUUCUUUCUGACACACUUUUGAUUAAUAUGUGGUAUCAAGAUGUUGGACGUGAAAAAGCUGCUAACAAACCAUUAUUAAGAAUUAUAUUCCAGGCAAUGUUGCGAUUAUUUGCCCCACGGAAGACAACAUUAUUAUUUGUUAUUCGUGACAUGGGAAAGGUUCUGAGUCAAUCUACUUAUAUUUAUUUAUUGUAA